UACAUUUCAGAAGUCAUUGUGAAUGGAUGUGCGAGUCGUGUUUUCGAAAUUUUAUUUAAUUACGGGCGAAGUUGACAUUUGAAUAAACAAACGGCAAUACGACAUAAAUUUGUUUACAUACAGCUCCAAAUUUUAAUAGUGCGCUUCAUAACUAAAACAUUGAAAUAAAUAAGUUACCCUUAGUGGUUAAAUUUUGACAAACACCACCACCAAGAAACAGCCAUUUACAUUGCCGCCCGCCUCCACCCUGCACCACCCGCAACCAAGAACAGCCCGUGCGUGUGUGGCGCCAACCAACAACAUAUGUAAAAGCAUCCAUCGUAGUCGCACCCGAUAAGAACGACCGACCAUAACAAUUAUUGCAACGACUUCUCUCACAACAAUUGCCGCCGAUGAGGUGAAUGCACCAUAAUUGGAGGCGGUGAAUCCCCCCACCCCAGUUAUAACCACCGCCCGCAUACCGCACACAGUGUGUAAUUAAGACUCAUCUCUAAUUGGACGAGUUCACUGGCAUCAAGAUGCCGUCCCUGCGCCAAAAGGUCACCACGUACUUUCGACAAUUGAGCUUCAUUGCGGAACCGCGCGAUGGCCGCCGGCGGGUCAACGGCAACGUGGAGAACGAGGACGAUGGCAGCUUCAUCACCAAAUAUCUCGAGGGUCGCAUGCAACGCGAGUUUUUGCCCGGCGGUCCAGAGAUCUACAACGGACAGAAUCCCACAGAGAUGCCGGUGUUGAAGCUGGGUCGCUAUGCCAGUGGCUCGGAUACUAUCACUGCCGCCUGCACGGGACCCGACGAAGGACUCACGGGCAUCAAGCGCUCCAAAUUGCAUUUAAGCGCUAGCUACGCGGAUGAUAUUGACUUCAUCGACACACAGCAGGAGAAUGACGAUGCCUAUGGCGUGCGCAAGAGCACGCCGCCAGUCUCGGCGCUCAACUCCUCAACACGUCUGAGCAAUAAGUUCGCCAGACCGACAGGCUCUAGGCGACAGAGUAAUGCGGAUCAGCCGGCGACGGGAACGGGCUCCACGACAACUUCAAAUGCUGCUGGCAUGCGCUCGCGAAAGAACUCAAAGCACAGCCUUAAUGCCGUGCCAGCUGCUUCGGCUGCUCCAAGCGAAGCAGGCGGCAAGGCCACCACAAUUUUAGUGAGCAUGGUUAGCAAUAGCAGUCCUGCCCAGGAUCAGAACAAUAAGAAUCUAUUGAAUGCGAAGACUGAGGCCACUCGAGCCGCGGGAGAUGGGAACUCGGAACGUGAGCGUCUGCUGCGUGAGGCAGUUAGUAAUCAGGGCGGCACAACGACAUCCAACAACAGCAGCGGUAACAGCACUCUGAGUACUCCAGUUGCUGGUGUGGACAACUGGCAGAUGGACUGUGACUUUGCCUAUGGCAUCUCGGUGUCGCUGUAUGAAAACAAUAUGUUAACCAAAGAGCCCAUGGGCAAUCCCAUUGCGGACUGUUAUGGCUGUGUGGUGCGUGGCGAAGCCGCCGCUAUGGCAAUGGCCGAUGGCGUUAACUGGGGCGAUGGAGCUCGGUUGGCUGCUCGCUCCGCGGUGCAUGGCUGUCUGGACUACUUGGAUCGCGCAGUUUUUGGGCAAUCGCAGGAAUGUCUGGCGACCACCACGCAGGAACUGUUUGUCAGUCUGCUGCGCAGUCUGUGGGAGGGACAUGGCUGUAUACUUGAGGUUGGUGGCGCGCUCUCCACACUGACAAUUGCGGUGGUUUUGCCGUUGGACGGUGCGCCCGGCAAGUAUGUUGUGUGCUCCUGCAACGUUGGUGAUUCGCUGGGUUAUGUGUACUCUAAGAAGCAUGGCGUACGUGAACUGACACAAGGCUCUCACGACAUUAGCUCAAUGCGGGAUAUGCGUGAUGCGCUCGGUGCUUUGGGACCCGCUGAUGGCAACAAACCUGAGUUGAGUAAUCUCACCUUCUCAAUGAGCUGUUUGGAACGCGGCGAUAUAGUAUUUCUCACAUCAGACGGCAUCAGCGAUAACUUCGAUCCAGUGGUGGGCAAAUUCGCCGAGGCUUGGACACCAGAUGUGAAGAUGCAACAUCUAGAAACUGGCGGCAAUCUGGCGUCCAAGCGUCAGAAUAAAAGUGCUUCAGCGAUCUACGCGCGACUGCAUUCGUCAUCGGCCACGCCGCCAGCGAGAACGCGCCAACCAAAAGCCGGCAGUCCGCCCAGCAAUGCGCCUAGUCGACCCAAGUAUAUGCGCUCCCAGACGCUAAUCGAUGCGCGUCACGGUGUCACAACUGCAGCGCCCGCCAAUGCGCCAGCGCAACCAGUGCAACGCAUACCAAAGUCAGCGAUGGGUCUGCCCUUGGUCACGGGACCGCAGCGACACGCCUUGACGCUUUAUCGCCUGGAGGAUCUGCUCAGCUAUGGCAUCAACGGCACCUUUUCGCCUUGUUCGUCAGCGCGUCGUCUGUGCCAUCUGCUGAUCGAUUUCGUGCGCAUGAUCACCUCGGCGCGUCGGAAGACGCUCGAACAGCGCGAACUCUUCUUCAAGCUAUCCACUGGUCCCGAUGGCGUUAAGCGCGAGGUGCAGCUGAAUCGCAUGCAGCAUCGUGCGGCACGUAAACGUGUCGUCGACAGUAGCGCCUUCUCUGCAUUACCUGGCAAACUGGAUCAUGCCACGGUGCUCGCUUAUACUGUGGGUGGAACAUCAGCGGAUGCCAUCGAUGAUAAUACUACGAAAGGUGGAGGAGGAGGUGGCGGUGGCAAUGGCAACGUGGCACCUGUGCUACAGUCUAAGGAAUUCAAAGAGACCAAUUUCUAAUCACUGAACGCGUAUUCACAACAUUCAUAAAUAUACAUAAACAAGUAAUCAUAA